AUGAGAGAGACCUCGGGGGGAGAGAGAGGCCCGUCACCAGGAAAGCUGCACGCCGGUGCCGUGUCUCAGAAGAAGCCCUCGCGGGGGGCGGUGCAACAGGAUGAUCGCAGCAGGAGAGCGACAGUUCUGCGGGGCGGCUCUUGCGCGCCUCCGCCCGUACGAACCAGUCCCAUCAGAGAGCUACGGGGGAAGAAGAGACGAGUAGGCCCGUGCGAGAGUCGAGAGCACCGUCCCCGGCGGGUGCCAUCCGGGCCAUCGAAGAAGAGCACGUCACACCAGAAAAAGGACCUCCAUCACCCCCUCAGAUCACCGCCGGUCAAACCCGCGGUCUUUCCAUCACCGGGCGGCACCCCCCUCCCCUUCCCGCUCUGCAUCACCCGGGCCCAGCAUGCCCUACGGCACGAGGCCCGUCAACGACCUUCCAUCACCUCCCUCUCCCGUCACCUCGCAUCAACCCCCCUCACGAGAACCCGUCACCUCUUCCAUCAUUCAGCCUCGCCCGUCACUCAUCACGCCCCCGGUCCCCGUCACCGUCGCGCGGGAUGCUGCCGAUUCUCGGAUCCCCUCCCCGUCCACCGUCCAUCACCGCCCUCGCCGAUACCAUUGCACAUCACCCCUCCCGUUGCCACCUCAUCACCCCCUCGCCCGUCACCUCCAUCAAACCACGCCUCCCGUCACCUCCAUCAACCCCUCCUCCCGGCGUCACCAUCAUCAACCGACCCUCCCGUCCCGCUCCGCCGCGUUCUCGCCCUCCAGCCCGUGCACCUCCAUACAACCCCUCCCACCGUCACACUCCAAUCACCCCCUCCCGGUCCCCAUCCAUCAUGCGCCCUCCGUCACCGUCCAUCACCCCCUCUCCGCGUCACCUCCAUCACCGGGCGCCCUGCCCCGUCACCUCCGCCCCGGUCUUAUCUAACUCCAUUUAACCAAGAAAGAGAGCGAACUGUGCUGGAUGUUGACAGACACAACACCACGGCAUCCACCACAGAUGAUAUCAGUUCCUGCUGCACAUUGGGAUCCGCUGGCCUAAUGAGACUUAUUGAUGAGUCAUUUGCAGUGCUGCUGAUCGAGCUGUUCGCAGGUGGACGUGAUCAUCAGCUCCGGAUCCCAUUUGCCUAA